AUGGCUCCUAGGAAAAAACCACCACCGACUUAUGAUGAGAUGUUUGGCGACGGUGCCGGGACGUCUUCUUCUUCCGGCGGCCGAGCAUCUUCUGAUGCCGUUCCGGGCUCUCAGACAUCUCAGAGAGUUUGGAGUUCUCCUCCCGCACCUCACAUGGCUCCACCUCCGCCACCAGCAGCUCAGAUGGCUCCACCUCCUCCACCAGCAGCUCCGCAGGAGCCCAUUCCAGGGGCAGAAGUUCAUCCAGACUUGCGGGUGCCUCCUCAUGCACCAUACGCAAGAUAUACGGUGGAGGAUUUGCUUUCCGCGCCUGGACAAGAGGGUAUGGACGUUUUGGACCCCGAUAGACCGCCGGCAAAGGUGGAAUUGGUCCUUAGGAAUCACCGAAAUAGUGAAGAAGGAAUUCGAGGCAAAGGCGAGGACUCGCCUUACCAACACGGUCUCGGAUUGGAAGGAUAA